CGGAACUAUUACUUUGCCACAGCUCCUAGCCGGAACCUUUAGGUGCACACUUUAAAAAUGGCAGCCAACAUAGAGCAAAUUUUUCAAGAUUUUAUUUUAAAUAAAAUCAGAGAAAUUGAAGACGAGAAUGUCGACAAAACUGCUCCUCAAGGUGUGGCUGCAUGCAAUGAAAUAACCUCAGAGGACAACAAAGACAAAAAUUGUGAUGACAAGAGUUCAAAGAAGAAACACAAGAAGCACAAAAAACAUAAAAGUAAGAAAAAGAAGCAGAAACGAGAGAAGGAGGCAAAAGAGAACAGUUCCGAAUCUGAGGAAGAAUUUGACGCGCAUUCCCGAAAAGUAGCCCCAACGGAUAAUGAACAGCCGUGUCAAGGCCUUGCCAGUAGCUCCAAAAGUCACAAGCACAAAACAGGAAAGAAGAAAAAAAAGAAGAAGAAGAGGAAGAGGCAUAAGAGCGAGAGACGAGGAAAUUCAUCCGAUUCUGAUACAAAGCAGCGGAGAAGUAAAUGUGCUCCAAGCUUGUUGCCAAGGCCUUGUGAGGAGUUGCCUGAUAUCAUCCCAAAGCAGGACAGCUCCAGUGGAGCAAAAGCAGACGGGGGAAAAAGGAGACGCUCCCGUUCACAUUCCCACGGUUCACAUUCCAGCCCGGAGGGAUGGAGUUCUCGACCCGGCAAACGAAAAGCCAGAUCUCGCUCACGCUCCAUUUCACAAGGUCACCGCACCUCAUCCAGGUCCUUAGACACGAGGGAUGGUUUGGACCCGUCCACAGAGUCCAAAGACGAUGCCGCAAAAAGGAUACCACCGCUGUCUCCAAGUUCUAAAAAAAGAGACGUCGUAGAACAGCAGAGUUUGGACCAUAAUCACGUGGCGGCAGAGACCACAGCAGGAGCCGCCGGAGAACAUUCAGUUGUAGCUGAAGAUUGUGCCGCACCUCCAUCUGUGCCAAACCCACCCAGUCGGGCUCAACGGUCCGAGGAGCCCGUUGAGCCUGCGGAGCCACGGCCGAAGGCAUCAGAACGCGUCUCGGCCAGUGCGAGGAAAUCCCCUCCAAAAAAGCCUUGCAAGCCAUCCAAGUCCCCAUCAAGGAGCAGAGAAGAGAAGUCAUCUAAGCGGCAGAAGAGAUCCAGUUCACCUCGCAGGAAUCACAGGAUGAGGUCCAGCUCCAGAUCCAGAUCCAGGAGUUCUUCAAGGCGGAAGCGAGCCCGGUCGAGGUCCAGAAACCGGAGGUCCCGAAGGUCACGCUCUGUGUCGCGAGAUGGCAGGCGGCGAGGGACUUACAGCCAGAGGGACCGCUGGAAACGAGAGCCGAGCAGCUCGCCUGAGCUCAUUCUACGCAAGAAAAGAUCCCCUACGUGGAAACAUGGCGCUAACCUUGACGGCUCUCAACAAAUCAGCGAUCUAGGCAAAGAGCAACUUCUGGAAAUCGCCAAGGCCAAUGCAGCCGCUAUGUGCGCCAAAGUGGGUAUGGCCAUCCCCGCCAGCCUGAGAAGCUCGAUGCUGCCGCUGGCCUUUCCGAGCAUGGCCAUGAACGCCGCUAUGACGGCCGCCACCAUGACCGCUGCCUUGUCCAACAUCAACACUUUAUCCUCACUGCUGCCGCUGCCCACCACCACACUGCUGCCGCUGCCCACCAUCACCAACAAACCUCCCGGUGCGCAUCUCAGCAGCAGCAUCAAUGCCGCAUUGGAGGAAGUGAAAAAGAAAGUAACCAAGCAGGCCAACAGCAUCAGCAUUAAGGAGUUCACCGACAAAUGCAAGAUGAUUGUGGACAGCAAAGGUGAGCUGCCGGUGGCAGAACCAUAUGUGGACGAGGAGGACAGGAAACCAUUUGGGGGAUUGGUUCUGCGAGAACACAAGGCCAUCAGCUUCAACGUCAUUAACACGACAGUGCGACCCACUGCCCGAAGUGAUGCCGGCAAGGCAAAAGAGUUUCCAGUCUCUUCAGGAUCGCAGCACCGUAUAAAGGAAAGUAAGACAAUGGACGCCUACGGAGAUUGGGUUCCGGUAGAAAAAACGUCAGAUGAGACAAAGAGCGCCGCUGUUCCCCAAGCAGCAGCCAGCUCAUCAUCAGGUACCAGCGAGUCUUUGAAAGAAGCAGAGUUGCCGGGGACGACCGAGUCAUCGGCGGUAGAUGACGACAGCGUGUUUCCUGGUCCGCCGCCGCAGCCCGUCGAUAUCUCUCAGGCUGUGAGCGAGAGGAUCAAAGCUCAGAAGCGAUUGGCCGAAAACCCCUACGACGUCAACGCCAUUUGCAUGCUUAGCCGGGCCCAGGAGCAGGUGGAUGCAUGGGCCCAGUCCAACACUGUUCCUGGUCUUUUCACGGGCACGACGGGAGCGCAGGUCCUCUCUUCAGAGGAGCUGUCCAACAGCGGCCCACAGGCCUGGCUGAAGAAGGACCAAUUCCUCAGGGCAGCGCCGGUAUCGGGCGGCGUAGGAGAAUUUUUGAUGAGAAAAAUGGGCUGGAGGGCAGGAGAGGGACUCGGGAGGAACCGCGAAGGCACAGUGGAGCCGAUCAUCAUUGACUUCAAGGUGGACCGCAAAGGACUGGUUGCUGAAGGAGAGAAGCCACAGAAACCAACAGGGGGACUGGUGGUAACCAAGGACCUCAUGGGCAAGCAUCCAGUGUCAGCUCUCAUUGAAUUGUGCACCAAGAAACGGAUGACGCAGCCUGACUUUGUCAUGGUUCACCACAGCGGCCCGGACCACCGCAAGAAUUUCCUCUUCAAGGUCACAGUGAACGGUGUGGACUAUCAGCCCCAAACAGCUAGUCCCAAUAAGAAACAUGCCAAGGCCAUGGCGGCAACCGUGGCACUGCAGGCUCUUGGAGAGGUUCCAGCUGAUGGACCUGGACUCUAUACUGGUCCUGUCUUCACGGCUGCUUCCACUGGCCCCCUCUUCUCCACAUAGAUAACGAGCCGUCAUCUGGUUAUCUGACCGUUGUUCUUGUCUUCUCAUUUUCUAUCUGCUUCUAUAGUUGUACAGUACUGUACAAUAGUCUUAAGCCACUCUCAGAUUUAUUGUUUUAGCAAUGGCCACAUACAAGGUCUCGACUUCCUCCCUCAUGGAGGAUGCCAGAAAGGCAAUAGGUGCCGUUUUGAUUUUGGAGGGAUGGAUGGUUCCGUUGCAAUCAUGAUUUAAAUGGAUAUUGGGUACCACUUUGUAUCUCUAUUCUUAACAAAUGUAUUGGGUUCCUACUUGGCAAAAAUAAGUUAUUUGGGAUUUUU